AUGAUUGGGGCUUUGGUGACCUCCUUUCCCCGAAGGCCUCGAUUACACCUACGAUCCGAAGAUCAACGGAGGGAAUUCCCGCAUUCAAUGGCUCUGGUCAGGAGAUGCUGCCAUGUUGCUGUCCAGGCGCGGGGGAUCGGUUAUCUCGAUCGAGGUGCGACAGUGUACGAUGCCGCGAUCAGCUACUUCCUCGCGCUUUGUUCCGGUUACAUGUACAAUAUCAGACGAUGUCGCACCUAUUUUGCGGAGUGUCUCACGUUACUCCAUGUUUAUGACCUUUGCCGGCCCUGGAGCGCUCUUUCAUCGGCGGAUCCCACCAGUCCAGAAUCCGCCUCCUCCCGCAUAUCGCAGGAUCGAUUCAGUGGGCCAGGAGAUGGGCAUCUAGACUUAAUCGAGCAGGAGCUCGGACGGCGCUUGUUCUACACCACACUCGUCGGUUAUCGAACUAUACAACAGAUGGGCUCUAACGACACCACCUUUCAUGUACCUCCGGAGACGCCGACAGACCCCUAUCCGCCCUUGCCAUUAGAGGUGGACGACGAGUAUAUUUUCCCGACGCACGCCGAGCCCCAACCCGCCCACAGAGUCUCCCUCAUGGUGGGAUUCAACCUCAAUGUGCGGGUCUUCAGCUGCUACAAUGCGGUGUCAGCCUGGGAAGUUGCUUUCGGCAGUGGCCAACUCCUCAACUGGGAGCGGCAACGCACUAGUAUAUGGGAAAGUCUCCAGAACGCGAAAGCCGCUUUGGCCGGGGUCCCCAGAGAAUACUCGCUUCAAUGGUCUCCGCCGGCGUCCAUCAGCACCGACCUCAGCGCGUCCGGGGCGGGCUAUGCGAUAGAGGAUCAAACCGACGACGAGCGGCGGUCAAUCCAGUACGAGAUCCAAAAGGCUAAUAUAUACGCCAGCCAACUCGGCACGCGGUCAUACCUAGCCGAGAAAUACUGGGCUUUGUACGGCGCGUGGAAGCGGUAUCAUAAGCCGUCCGAGCAGCCCACGCCCAGCACCCCGUCCAUCGUCAAACGCGAAGCCGAGCUUAGUGCCGCCAUUCACUCAGACGACCAAUUUGACUACAUCAGCAAGAUGAUGGGGGAAGAGCGCCGACUUGUCAUCCGCGACCUGUUCGUGUUACUCCGGUCAAUCAACCAGGUCAACAUGGAACCCAACGGUGCCAGCUUUACCUACAAAGUCCGCCAGGUCGCAUCCACGCUUCUCAACCUUCCGCGCGCAAACCCCGAUGCAUCCGACUCGCCGGCGUUAACGGCUGGCCCGCAACCGCUCACCGUCAGGGAGGCCGAGUCCUAUCUCCAUGCGUUUAUCGAUACGCUUGUUCGGCUGGAGGGUGUGGCGGUGACCAAUCCUCCGGUUCCUGAGGGAAGCCCCCAGCCCAAUGGUCGAUCCAUGAGCUACCUGAGCGACCCGGACCGCGACAAUGAAGAACUGCAGCAGUGGGGGAGCAUCAGAGAGUACCAGGCGCGGUUUGCGGAGGCGGGCGGUAUCCUCUCCGAAUUAUAA